AUGUGGCCAUUGGCAGGCGUAACAGUAGCCUCCCUUGGGUUGGCUUACUAUUCGACCCAACCACGUUUCCAGAUUAGCAACGAAAGCAAGACUUUUACCGGUGGGGACCAGCAAUGGGUCGACUUGAAGUUGAAAAGCAGCGAGCAGUUGUCGCACAACACCAAGCACUUGACUUUUGAGUUGGCCAAUCCGCAAGACGAGUCCGGUUUGGUUGUUGCUUCAAUGUUGAUGACCAAGUUUGUCACCCCCAAGGGCAACAAUGUCAUUCGACCAUACACCCCUGUCUCUGAGCCAGAGCAGAAGGGAACCAUUGAUUUUGUCAUUAAGAAAUACGAGGGUGGCAAAAUGUCGACUCAUAUCCACGACUUGAAACCAGGGGAAACUUUGUCCUUUAAAGGUCCCAUUGUCAAGUGGAAAUGGGAACCAAACCAGUUCAAGUCGAUUGCUUUGAUUGGCGGUGGUACCGGUAUCACUCCCUUGUACCAAUUGUUGCGUGACAUCACUGACAAUCCCGAAGACAAGACCAAAGUCUCCUUGAUUUACGGAUCCAAGUCUCCAGACGACGUUUUGCUCAAGGACCAAAUCGACGAGAUUGCCAACAAGCACAAGGAACAGGUUAAUGUGACUUUUUUCGUUGAUGAGAACAAAACCAACAAGGAGUGGGAUGGCGAAGUUGGAUAUGUUACUAAGGAGUUUUUGGAAAAAGAGUUGGACAAGCCAAGUCCCGACUUUAAAGUCUUUGUUUGCGGUCCACCGGGCUUCUACAAGGCCAUCUCCGGUGUCAAGGUGUCUCCAUCCGAUCAAGGUGAAGUCGAAGGUGCUUUGAAGGACUUGGGCUACAGCAAGGAACACGUUUUUAAAUUUUAG